AUGCAGGAGGAAGAGACAUACACCUCUCUUCAGUGGGAUAAUCCAGCACCAAACCCUUACCAGAAACAUCUGUCUUCCACCAAAAAUUCAGGAACGUGGUGUCUUGUGACAGUGGUUUUAUGUAUCUUCUGCAAAGGCUCAUUAGCAACCUCCAUUUUCUUGGGUGUCAAGCUGCUCCAGGUGUCCACUACUGCAAUGAAGCAGCAAGAAAAACUCAUCCAAUGGGACAGAGUACUGCUCAACUUCACACAAUGGAAGAGAAACCAUGGCCUCCAGAUGAAAUAUUGUCAAACGUUGAUGCAGAAGUCUUUCAGUUCAGCCCGUAACUGCAGCCCUUGUCCAGACAACUGGAUUCAGAAUGGAGAAAGUUAUUACCAUGUCUUUGAAAACUGGACAAUUUGACACACCAGUAGAGAGGAUUGUUUGAAGGAGGGAUCUAAGCUUCUACAAAUAGACAGCAAAGAAGAAAUGGACUUUAUCACUGGCAGCCUGAGGUAGAUCAAAAGAAGCUAUGAUUACUGGGUGGGACUGUCUCAGGAUGGGUCCAGACAACCUUGGCUUUGGCAAGACAGCUCCUCUCCUUCCCCUGAUCUGGACCCCCAAUCAACUAACCAGGUCUGUGGAUACCUCAGAAACAACGGCCUUUCUUCCGCUAACUGCAGCAUUUGGAAAUAUUUCAUCUGUGAGAAAUACGCAUUAAGAUCUUCUACCUGAAAGAAAUUUUGCUUGAAGUGAUUGCUCCAUUACGGUAAUACCUGCAACAGAUCAUUGGAAAACCUGUAACAAUGAGUUUAAGAGCCAGCGCAGAAGUAAACCAGUGCAAGGGUUGUGAAACCAGCUACCUGAGACACAAAACCUAUCCUGCAUUUACACUUGGUAAUAUUCCUCAACAUUUUCCAGAUGUUCCUUUGACAUUGUUCAAAUUAAUUACCAAGAAUAAAAUUGGUUUAGAGCAACAGAGGACAAAACCCUGAAGAGUGGAAAACAAGCUGAAGAAAAAUCAUUUCUAUUUGUCAUUUUUUUUCUUCCUCUCUCUCUCUCUCUCUCUCUUUAAUUUAGAGUGACUGUGAACUCCACAGAAAAAUCUAUAAGUCACUGGGGAGAUGAUGCAGUUUUAGCUGACUGAUACUCUUUUAAAUAAAUGAAUAAAUGUGAUCUUUUAAACUCACUGUUUGCCAGAUCUUUCUGUGCAUUUGCUGGGUUUCCAGGCAUUAUGUUAUUGGACCAGUAGGAUGGGAGGAUAGAGAUAUGGAUUUUCAAAUUGGAAGGAAGACAGGAUGCUCUCUGCUGCCUGUAAGACAAUACCAUUUUUAGGACUGCAGAAUUCUACUGGAGAGAUGAACAACCAGAGCUACACAUAAGUGGAAGGAAUAGUCAGGCUGCCAAUAUCAGCGUGUCUCCAGUAAAGAAGAGCUGCGAGCUGCCUUCCUGCCUCUCACUGACCAUCCCCACCACUCGCAAAUCAAAAGACUCAAGAUCUGGAUUCUCAAGAUUAACACUCCAGCACUUCUAACUACAUGUCUCUGUGUCUCAAUGUCCUCCUUGAAAAACAGUAAUAGAACUUGCUUCAAAAUAUUGUUUGAGGACUAAAUUAUUAAUAUAUGUAAACUUGCUGAGAACUCCAUCUGUUCUUGCUCUUGUUACCUGGAGCAUCAGUCAUCUCUAGGCAUCAACCUCAUUUCUGUAUUCCAGAUAAAAAUGACCCCUUUACUGCUCAUGUUGUAAGAAGAUUGAGAAGAUAAAGUGUAUGGGUUAAUUGUCACCAAGUAUCUGGAGAGAAUAUCUGUCUUAAAGUCAAUAAAUCUAUAGACAAUCCCUGUCCUAGGUCUGCGGACUCCUUGAAGCAUGGACUAGCUUGUCCCCCACAGACAACGGAUGUGAAAGUGUCUGAUGACUUACAGAAAGGAAAAUUUCACUCAUUAUUAUUACAUUACUUUUCUACCACUUGCCUACCAUCCCUAGAACAACACCUUACCAUUCAGCAGAUUCUCAUCAAAUAGAUGUUAAAUUCAAUAUAAUUUUACUUACUCUUUCAUUUCUCACAAGGAGUAGCUGAGAUACAUUAGAUUCUCAUCUUUCUCUCCUCAUAAAAAAGACACCACUUAAAUAAAUAAGGUGAAAUAAAACCUAAUUCACGGAGGCAGUAGAAAUCAUUUAAGUGAACCUGGAAGUCUAUUGUAAAAGAUGACCUCUGAAGGAGACAUUCCUUUAGGGAUGGGAAGGGCAUGUUUUUGUGUUUUGUUUCUUUAUUUACCCUUGACUUGGAGCUUAAAUGGUGGGAAUUUCAAUAAAAGGGAUUAUUCUCUAGUUUUCUGCUGAACCUAGAAAAGGAAAAUAGCAAAGAAAACACAGUAUAAAUUGUCCCCUCUGGUUUUUACAGCUGGCAGCUCAAUGUAAUAACCUGGAAUAAAGGGGAAAUAAUAGCAAAUUUUAGAAGCAAAGACUGUUUGUCUUCAAGAUUCUUCAAAGUAUUGUCAUGGAGCUGUGUUUAGAGAAAGGAUAGGAAGCAUUUAAUAACUCUUUUUAGAAGAAGUACAAUGAAGCCAGAGGCAAACAUCCUACAGCUGACAUCAUCCGCCAGCAUGUGAUGCAGUAUUUACAAGUCCGAGUUUUAUCUACAGAGCAGCUGGCAUAAGCCUCUACAGAUUUCCUCAGUGGUAAUAUUGCUUUCCACACAGAUGGUAUGGGUGGAAGAUUUUUCCUUGCAGUUUGCUGUUGGCCCAGAAAAGCAAGGCCUUUUUCAACACAGUGGUAAAAGACUGGACCUUAACACCGGGAUAAUCAGUUUCAUAUCCUAGUCCCACCAAUAAUGAACUGGGUAUCUGAUCCAUCUCACUGAGUUCCAGAUUAGUUUUUAAAAAGGGAAAGGAUAGAAAAAAUAAAACCCUGUCCUAUAAAUGUAAAGAGGCUUUUUUAACAUGCUCUAUCCAAAGGACAUUAAACGUAUGAAAAGAAAAACUUUGGUAAUAUUGAUAGAAUAAUAAUAUCAUUAGAUUCUAAAAAUCGAUUCAUACAAUGAAACUUGUAAAAUAAGUUAUGUACACUUGAAAUCAGAUUAUGCAGCUUUUUGUAUUCUUCAAAAACUGCAAGAAUUCCAUUAGAAAGUAUUCGACUCCCAAAUAUUGAGGGCAACCCUGAGGCAACUUUCUAGACCUUUCUACAUAUUUCACCAUCUGCUACUAUCUCUAAAGUAAAAGCUCCCAGCACACUUCUCACAUUUCCUGCUGUUACAAGGCCCCUGACCUGUUUCCUGUUGAUAAAUUUUAAGAGCUGGUUCAAUAUCCUCAGGAAAAGAAAUAGCUCAUUGUUUACCCUGGGGAACUCGGAUCUACCAGGAAAGGCCAUGUUCCUCAUUUAACAUUUCCCCACAGUUUCUUCAGAAUUACCUAAACACACAAGAGCCUAGAAGAAAAAAAGUUUUCUCGUGUUGGAAAACCCAUUCACGGGGUGCUACCCUCUCUGAUUCUCAACCGAAAAUUGUUCUCAGAAAGUCAUAUUAUGAUUAUUGCCUAUUCUUAAAAUU